AAAUUAAAAGUUUACAAAUUAGGUAGCAAAAAAAAUUGCCAGAGAUUAAUUAAUUAAUUUAUUUUACACAAAUAGAUUACUACCAGCAAACAAGCUGCUCUGGUGCCAAGAAGUAGGAAAUGAUUUGAGCAAAAUUGGUUGUGAAUAUAAAAAAAAUGGAAUAUUUAGCCGAAACUAUCGCUCUAGGUGUGGAUUCCUUAAUCCUAGCAGCAUGCAUUAAACAAUAUUACAAGAAUAAAAAUGCAAUGAUGAUGAUACAGGGAGCUCCCUAUUUGGAAAUUGAUAAAAAUUUGAAAGAAAUAGUUGAAACUCACCCAGAAAAAAAAUUAUCCUAUGUGUCAGUUCGAGGAACUGUUAAACCUUUAGGAAAUCCUAUUAUAAGUAUCAAUAAUCCAAACGUCUCUGGAGUUGUCCAACUACUACGUAUCAAAGAACAUGUGGUUCAGAGGAGUACUACGGGAUUUUGGGCUGAUUCCGAACGCACAAUACAAGAAGUUCAUAAUGUAAUGCCGUUUGCUCUUGAAACUAAAGGCAUGCAAAUAGAAAUCUGUGAUCCACUAGCCGCAGAUGUUUUAGAUAUGGAUGUGAUAUCUGAUACUUUCCACCCUACCGUGCCAAGUGUAAUGGACCACAUAUGGGGCUUUUUUGCUGGAAUUCGUCAAAGAGGUGUCCAGUCAACUGAAAAAAUGCUUCGGAAAGGAACAAUGAUAACUGGAAUAGGAGAACUAGUGUACGCCAAAGAUGGUACGCUGAAGCUACAACCUCCUUCUAACAGUGCACCUUUUUAUCUGACAAACAUGCAGAUUACGUCUCUCGUAAAGAAACUGAAUGAUUCAAAGAAGAACUAUAGGUUGCUCUGCAUAAUAUUCGGAUCGAUUGGAAUUAUUCUGGGUGGUUUGAUUGUGAGGAAGUAUUGGAGGUACAGGAUAGAAUUGGAAGAAGAGGCCAAAAGAAAAUUGCAAAUCGAGGAGUCCAGAAGAGAAAGGCGCAGGAGAAUAAGAGAUGAAGAUUUACCUGAGAAUCAGCAAUGCGUUGUAUGUAAAACAAAUCCAAUAGAGAUAAUUUUAUUGCCCUGUGGCCAUGUCUGCUUAUGUGAAGAUUGUUCGGUGGACAUAACAGAGAAUUGCCCAGUAUGUCGACAAGCAAUAGAAAAAAAGGCAGUUGCAUAUGUUUUAUAAUAUAUAUUUCACUUCUUUUUUAAACAAUGUAUAUAAAUUACAAAUAAAAUUAUA